AAAAGGAGACGGCCACGCGUGUGCCGUGUGACGUACGCCUGUAUCGCCUCGGUAUGUGACACAGCAUGUAACUUGUCGUCUCGAAGUUCGCGUCAUGUAGCGAAAACAAUGAUAACUGCGGUAUUCUUACUUUACUUUUUCUUUUGCAACAACGACACGCAGCCGUACGUACCUUUCGCAAGAGCGAUUAAAGGUUCGCGAGAGUCUUCCAGAGAGAGAUAAACGUGGCGGUAUCGCUCUCGGCGCGGUGAAUGGACCCGCGGGCAGCGUUAGUAGGGCUUGACCUUGACAAUCGACGAAUUUAUUGAUGCGAUGGAAGAGGAUGACGAGAAGGUUUCUCUUACAUGCGCGCAACGUCAUGAAAGCAGCAAUCCUGGAUCGAGCGUGUAUCAGUCGGUGCAGAACAGCCUGAAUCAGGGCUCGCAGCAGACGUUGUAUCAGAGCGUCCGUAACACCUUGUACGAAGACGCUAUGAGUGUGAACAGUAUGCGCAGCGCCGUCUCCUUGGACGUCUACCCCACGAAUAAUACGGACGACUCGUCCAUUUCCGUUACGGCGAACAAUGGCACAAACGAAACAGUUAUAGACGGAAGUUACACAGACCAAGUUACCAAAAAUAAUACACACGACACAAGAUUGCUCUCUCAUUCUUCCGGUACGAGAUACAGUUUAUAUUUUCGUGAUGAAAUACGCUCAGUUGAUUUCGUACUCGUGUGGGACGAGUAUAACGGAGAAGCACAGGCCUAUCGCAAUGUCGAACGUAGGAGGAUAUUUGAAAAGAAUCUGGAGAAAGAAGGAGUGCAAUUGGAGUACGAGCAAGCGGAGUCAAACGGCUUGCACUUCAUAAAGAUUCACGCGCCUAAGGAGGUCUUGCGUCGGUACGCCGAGAUAUUGAAGCUCAGACUGCCAAUGAGAGAAUUGCCUUGCUACGAAAUGCACGAGACGAGCAGCAACAUUAUUAUCAAGGAGGUGAAUUCGCUCUUUCGACGGAUUAUGAACCGAUAUUACGUCGACACGGCUAUCUUCCCGACGAUGAAGCAGAACUUCACGGCGGUGUACAGCAGGGACAAGGAUUAUUUAUUCGAUCUCGAUUCGCCCAAUUUUUUCACGUCGGCAACUCGCUCGCGCAUCGUGCAGUUUAUAUUGGACCGAACCAGAUUCACCGAGACCAAGGAGGACGAUUUCGCGUUUGGUGUCGAACGACUGAUAUCCGAGCACGCGUACGUUGCGGCGUAUCCGCUUCAUGAUGGAAGUCUGCACACUCCAGACUCAAUGCGGUAUCUUUUGUACAGCGAAUGGGCCAGUUUGAGAAAAUGCCUUCAUUAUCAGCCCUUGGAUUACAUCAAGGAGUACUUUGGAGUGAAGAUCGGGCUUUAUUUCGCCUGGCUGGGAUUUUACACUCACAUGCUAAUCCCAGCGAGUGUCGUCGGCCUUUUGUGCUUUAUAUACAGCUGUGCCACUUUGUACAACAAUAAACCGAGCGAGGAUAUUUGUAAUGGUAACGGUACUAUCGAGAUGUGUCCAUUGUGCGAUUAUUUUUGUGGUUACUGGGAUCUAAAGGAGACGUGUUUGCACUCGAGGAUCACAUAUCUGUUCGACAAUCCAUCGACGGUGUUUUUCUCUAUAUUUAUGUCAUUAUGGGCCACAUUAUUCCUUGAACUAUGGAAGAAAUAUUCUGCCGAAAUAACCCACAGAUGGGAUUUGACUGGUUUAGAUGCUCAAGAAGAAUAUCCUAGGCCAUUGUACUUAGCGCGGCUUGCGCAUGUUAAAAAGAAGUCUGUCAAUAUUGUUACGAAUGCGGAGGAGCCGAAAGUGUCGUUCUGGAAGAUGAGAUUGCCCGCUAUGAUUCUCAGUUUUUCUGUUGUUCUACUUUUGAUAGUUGUAGCUAUGGCUGCGAUUCUCGGGGUAGUUCUGUACAGAAUGUCGGUUUUAACUGCGCUAAGCGUUUCGGGACACCCAGUGGUAAAUAGCCAUGCUAUAUUGUUCACUACGGCGACCGCCGCGUGCAUCAAUCUCUUUUGCAUUAUUUUGUUCAAUUGGCUCUACGGUUGGCUAGCAGAAUAUUUGACUGAGAUUGAGUUACUUCGUACUCAGACCGAGUUUGACGAUAGCUUGACUCUGAAAAUUUAUUUAUUGGAAUUUGUAAAUUAUUACGCCUCUAUAUUUUACAUAGCGUUUUUCAAAGGGAAAUUCACCGGUUAUCCAGGAAAUUAUAAUCGCUUCUUGGGCUCUCGACAAGAGGAGUGCGGACCGGGCGGUUGUCUCUUGGAAUUGUGCAUCCAACUCAGCAUCAUUAUGAUCGGCAAACAAGCCAUGAAUACUAUCUUGGAGAUGCUCUAUCCGCUAUUUUACAAGUGGAUGAACACCUUGAAAGUUCACAUGGGCUCGAAAACGUUUGACCCGGACAAAAGAUCUUCGUCUCGAAAAUAUUUGCAAUGGGUCAGAGAUUAUAAAUUAGUCCAGUGGGGACCUAGAAGUCUUUUUCCUGAAUAUUUAGAAAUGGUGCUCCAAUACGGAUUUGUUACCAUCUUCGUUGCUGCGUUUCCAUUAGCGCCAUUCUUUGCAUUGCUGAAUAACGUUUUCGAGAUGAGAUUGGACGCGAAAAAAUUGUUGACCAUAUACAGGAGGCCAGUUGGACAGCGUGUCAGGGACAUAGGCAUAUGGUAUCGCAUUCUCGAUUCAAUUUCUAAAUUGUCCGUCAUCACAAACGCAUUCAUCAUAGCUUUUACUUCGAACUUUAUACCGCGGCUAGUUUAUCGUAUAACAAUUUCGGAUAAUUAUUCACUAGAAGGUUACCUAGAUCAUUCUCUAUCAAAAUUCGAUACUAUCGAUCUGAAAAGCAGUCAGUCAAAUAUGACGUUGAAUGGAACUCCGGUCGAGAUCUGCCGCUAUCCAGAUUACAGAGAGCCACCAGACUCGCUAAACAAGUACCAGUACAACAUCAUGUUCUGGCAUAUAUUGGCGGCUAGACUGGCUUUUGUCGUCGUUUUUGAGAAUAUUGUGGCACUCGUAAUGAUCCUUAUACGGUGGUGCAUUCCUGAUAUGAGUUCUAAGUUACGCAAUAGGAUACGUCGCGAAGCGUACAUCACCAACGAAAUUAUUAUACAUCAAGAGACGCAACGAGCUUGCGGGCGGCCCGGCAAUGGUGUAGAGUCAAAAAUCGAGAAAACAUACGUGGUUGCCAACGAGAGUGCCGACAGAUGGAACCGAGUCAUGGGAAACAUGAUGACAACUUCGGAAUUUGAUCUGGAGAUCCACGGGAGCCCUGUUUCGCCCGUCUCUCCGCGCGUCAGUCCAAUUGUGAUCUGAUAGAUACCAAGGAUUCAUAAAAUCUGUGGGAUUCGCGAGUAGCAUAGGUUUUUUUGAAAACUUAUUAGGUCGGUGCAAAAAGUUCGUCGUCUCUGUGCCGAAAAAUAGAAUUCAAAGAAUUUCUAAAAAGGCUAUUUUUGUAAAAAAUUCUAUUAAUUGCAAUGGUCACUACUUUAAUAGAAUUUUUUUAUUUAAAAAGAGGACGAAGAUUUUUAUCUGAUUUUUAAAAGACUUAUCAGUAGCUUUAAAAGUUGUAAUUUAAUGAAAGAAUGUCAAAACUUUUUGCAUCACUUAAAUAAUAUCGUGAUUUUUCGCUAGUCGUGAUAAAUACGGACUUUGUUCUAAAGAUCUGACGAAGAGGGAUAUUAUUUUUAGAAGUAAUGUAUAUAUAUGUACACAUUGAAAGUAUAUUUUCAAUGCAAAGGCCACCAUUUUAAUUACCUCUAGCUAUCUAAUUGUAACAGAUGCCAUAUAAAAUUUAUGCUAUAUUUUUUAUAGCGAAAUAAGAAUCUCUAUAAAUUUUAUAAACUUUAUUAACACGUUAAUUGCCAUGGUGAUCACACUCGCGCCUGGCUUUUUAAUAGCAUCUUUAAUAGCAUCGAAAUUUUGCUACCAAAUUUUUUAAAAUGAUUGUAACAAAUAAGUGUCGUUUAAUAUAAUAUUUGAAACAUAAACAGCUGGAUGACAGUGCAAAGUAGAAAGGACGGAAUUUAACAAGAUGAUGUGACUUAUUUAAUCGUAUUGUUUAUAAUAUUUACUUUAUUUGCUGACGAUGACGAAAAUGUCGAAAAUAUAUUACUAUGACAUUUAUGUGAGGACACAAGAUUCACUAGGCAGACAACGUGUUAACAGAAUUGAAAUUCGAUAUUAAAGUAUAUGCAUCUAUAUACAUAUUGCGACCAAUAGUGAAUUUUUCUAAACGAUAUUAUUGCAAUAUUGAUAUUGAUUAUAAUUGUUAUUUAUCUGGGAGUGUAUAUUAACUUUAUCACAAACCCGCAAUUUUAUUGUUGUUAGCAACGUUUCUGAGUUAUACAUUUUUACUAUAAGUUUCUAUUAUUUUUAUGACGUUAUGUAAAAUAAUGAAAUAUGCGAUAUAUGUAAGGAUCUCUGUUGUAGCCAAUGAUUUCAUUUCGGCGAAGAUGGGCUCGAUGAUAUCGUCAUUCGGUUAUCAACUCGGAAUACACAUGUGAUUAAUGUAGCAAGCAUUGUGCACAAAUGCCAUAAAUGCCUGCCAGUAUUAGAUGUGAUCUCUAUAAAUUUUACGCGCACAGUGACUAUAUUGACCAACAAUUUACAAACAUCACAAAUUAAAUGUAUCAUUCGGUAUUGACGAUUAAAAAUUACUCCUUAUUACCGUAUUCGAAGUAAAUCAUUGGGUACAAGAUAAAAGAUAUAUUGUGUAUAAUAAGAGAUCAACUGAAUUGCGUAUAGCCGAAGAUUUUAUAUAUCGGUAUAUAUUUUAUGGUAAAAACACGGACUUUUCUCAGAAAGAUUAUAUAAAAUAUACGGGGAUAUCUUUGGGAAGAAUCUCAGGCUUGUUUAAAUAAUUAUUAGAUCACUGUACUGUGAGAUAUUUGCAGAUAUAUUCUUUCUAAGAGA